AUGUACCUUAUUCGGUCAAGUUUCGCCUUCUUGGCGUUCGCUAGUCUCGCGGCCUCCACGCCACUGAAGAAGGAAGGCUCAAGACUGCACAAGCGUGACGGACUUCCUGCAUACGCCAUAACAUAUGCGCCUUUAACAUACCUAUACAGCGGAGAAAAAUGGUUCCCAUCAGAUAUCGCUAUUCACCUGGAGAAUGUCGAGCCCGAGGUGAACUUUACGGCCAGUGGGGGCAACGGUUCCGUCACUCUUGAGACACUUGACAGCCUAUCAUCUGAUGUUUAUCUAACUGCCACUGAUGGACCCAUACUGGACCCCUUGGACGGAACACCAGCUUGGCUCUCGUCGGAUUACGGUACCCCAGAUAGCAGUGGCCUCAGUGCAGCCCCAGGAACCAUUAUCGCUGUGGAAAAGAACAGUACAACUACUGAUGUGUUUUACUUCCACUUUUAUUCAUACAAUUAUGGUGGCAAGGUACUGGAUAUUAAUUUUGACGACCACGUCGGUGAUUGGGAACACGUUAUGAUCCGCUUUGUCAAUGAAGAACCGUAUGCAAUCUACUGCUCAGAGCACAGUGCUGGAUCAGCCUAUUACUGGGACGUAGUUGACUUCAACGGCGACCGCCCGAUCACUUACGUCGCAUAUGGUGGACAUGCCAACUACGUCACAGCAGGGACCCAGGACUACACUAUUGCGCUCGGUAUCAUUUCUGACACUACCGAUGCCGGUUAUCUUUGGGACAUGACACUCAAUUAUCGAGGCUAUUUGUAUGAUACGGAGACGAGCGAAUUCUCCGUCGUAUCUGGAGCGGGUACCGGUGGUAGCGAAGAGGCAGAUGAAACAGCUAGCUGGUUGAAUUGGCUAGGUGCAUGGGGGGAUGAGCAGUAUCCUGAUGGGUUCCUUGAUGAUAUUGAGACUGGCCAGUACUGUCUCUCUACUGAAUGUCGCUACACAAGUGGGCCGACUGGGCCGGUGGAUAAGAACUUGGGUCGAACAACUAUGUGCCAGAGUGAUGACGAUUGUACUAUCUUUGACGAUAUAAGUGAUCUGACUACUCAAUCUUGA